ACCAAGAACAUGAUCUAUAUAGUCUCGGAGUAUGCCAGUCAGGGGAGAUUUUUGAUUACAUUGCCAAAUAUGGCAGAAUGUCGGAAUCGGCGGCCCGCUUCAAAUUCUGGCAAAUCAUUUCGGCUGUGGAGUAUUGCCACAAAAAGGGCAUUGUCCAUCGUGACCUCAAGGCCGAGAAUCUGCUCCUUGAUCUCAAUAUGAACAUCAAAAUUGCAGACUUUGGUUUCUCCAACCAUUUCAAGCCGGGCGAACUGCUGGCCACCUGGUGCGGCUCACCGCCAUAUGCUGCACCCGAGGUGUUCGAGGGGAAGCAGUACACAGGACCAGAGAUUGAUAUUUGGUCCCUGGGCGUGGUCCUGUAUGUCCUGGUCUGCGGCGCCCUGCCCUUUGAUGGCUCCACGUUGCAGAGCCUGCGGGAUCGUGUCCUCUCCGGUCGCUUUCGGAUCCCCUUCUUCAUGAGCUCCGAGUGUGAGCAUCUCAUCCGUCGCAUGCUUGUGCUGGAGCCCACCCGUCGCUAUACAAUCGAUCAGAUCAAGCGUCAUCGCUGGAUGUGCCCGGAGCUGCUGGAGCAUGUCCUUAUUGCCAAAUACAAUUUGGGUGCCGAGCGGCAAUCCUCGCUGGAGCCCAGUGAGGAUAUCCUAAGGAUAAUGGCCGAAUAUGUGGGCAUUGGGCCGGAUAAGACGCGGGCGAGCCUGAAGAAGAACACCUACGACCAUGUGGCGGCCAUCUAUCUGCUCCUGCAGGAUCGUGUUAGUCAUAAGAAGGAGCAGAGCAAUGGUUCCUCAGCGGCAUCCUCCACCUCCAUUGCUGCCUCCCAGCAGAGGCUGCUCUACAAGAGCACCAAGAUUGACCAGCAGCAACAGCAGCAGCAGCAACCGCAGCAGCAGCAGCAAUCCAAGACAAUAUCCACCAGCUCGAUCCUGGCCAAGGAUCAGGCCCACAAAAGACUUAGCCGUCAUCAGACGGUGCUCAUGAGUGACCGCCCUGUACCCGUGCCCGAUCCCAGUCACUAUUAUGCCAAGUAUUCGCCUCUCCAGCUGCCACUCCAUGCCCACCUGGCGGGUUAUCUAAAUGGCAGUGGUGGUGGUGCUGGAGGAGUACCGGUGGAAGUGGAGCCCUCAACUGGUAUACCCUUGCCCAUGCGUUAUACUCCCCUGCCAGCGGCUGUUUCACCGGCUCCCUCGAACUGCUCCUCAAACUCCUCGAGGAUGGGACGCCAUAGCCUGAGCUCCAAUUCACCGCGAAGUCAUCGCCCCGUGGCCAUAUCCCUUAGCAUUGACAACAAUCCCUCGCUGGCCAAUCUCCGGUGCAGGGAGAUGAUGGAGGGACCAGGUGGAGGCGGAAGCGGAGCACCCGGUGUACCCUUGGUAUCGAAGCAACUGCAUCAGACCAUCAGUGAGUACAUCAUCAAACAGAGCACCGAAGACUGCCGGCAGCUGCUGCAGCAGUCCACAGCUGUGGCGGAGGGCAAGGAGGAGAUGCCCAAGCUGCCGGAAACAGGAGCGGGACAGGGACAGGGAGCAAUGCCCGCUACUGCUGCCAAUGCUGGAGGAUCAGGAUCUGGUUCUGGUUCUGGUUCUGGCUCCUGCUCGGGCGAGAGCAACACCAAGACAAUAAAGGCCAUGUCCGGUUCGAGCAGCUUCGAUUCGCAGGCCAAUCUUGGCCAGAGCUUUCGCUACAAGAUGUCCGCCGAGGCCACCAAACUGUUCCAGACCCUCCAAGAGAGUCCGCUGCCCGUGGAGCAACGGAGCAAGCGACGUGGUCAUCUGGGCAGCAGCACCAAUGGCAGUGGCUGUGAUUCCGGUCAGGAGAUGAAUGAGUCCAAAUCAAAUGGGGAUAGUCGAUCCGAGAAGAAGGUCCUCGCCCAGGGCAGCUCCAGCACGGACGAGGGCUGUGAGACGGAUCAGGGCAAUGAUCCGGGCUCUGCCUCGCAGGAGUCCAAGGACAGCAAUGGCGGUGGCCCCGUACAUGGUCAUGGUCAUGGUCAGUCUAACGGCGGACCCACCUCGCAUUCGAGCAGCGACUUAACCCACCUAGCCGGCGCAGGCGGUGGCAGUGGCGGCGGCAGUGGAGGUGGCGGCCAGAGCCACCGGAUGCGUUCGUAUGCAAGCAGCAGCUCCUCCAGCGGCGUCCUGGCCGGCAGUGCCGGCAGCUAUUCUAAGAGUCUCAGCCAGAAUCUGAGUCGUGGCUCUUCGAAGAGCAACUGCAGCGGUCCAUAUGAUAGUCUGGACUUUGCCCUGCCCUCGGGCAAGGGUAGCCUGCCCUCCUGCAUGGGUUCCAGCUCCAUGCUGGCCACACCCACACCGGCAUCGGGUUCACCGGCAGCCGUCUCCUCGGAGCACUCAUCGGAGCGUUCGUUAUAUGGCAGCCAUAGCUCCUGCAUCCAUAUGCCAGGUGCCCUGGCCCUGGGCCUGGGCUUGGGUCUCGGCCUGCCGCCGCCCAGUUCGGCAUCGACGCCCACGCCGAAUCCCACGCCACCGCCGCCGCCAAACGGAGGAGGAGGAGGAGGAGGAGGUGCUCCCUUUCUGGACAAGCGUUCGCCCAUUCAUUUCCGCGAGGGACGAAGGGCCAGCGAUGGCCUGGUGGCCCAGGGAUUGCUCAGCUCUGGCAGCCUUCUUGGCACCAGUCGGGUGUAUGGAAGCUAUCGCUAUGAGCAGGCCAAGCGACACAACUGGCUGGAGAUCCAGCAGCUGCAACAGGAGGCGGCUCACCAGCAUCAGCAUAACCAUGGACAUGGCCAGGUGUAUGGCCUGGAGGAGCUAUGUCAAUUUCCCAAUGGUCAAUUCUAUGCCCUGCCCGCUGGCAAACAUCAUCCGCUAAUGACGCUGCCCCAUCACCAUGGACAUGGACAUGGUCAUGGACAUGGUCAUAGCCAUGGUCAUGGUCAUAGCCACGGUCAUGGACAUGGACAUGGACAUGGACAUGCUCAUGGACAUGGCCAUGGACAUGUUCAGCAUCCCCUGUUUCAUCCGGGUCAGGCGGCCGCUCCACCGCCGCUGCUCCUCGAGGCUGGCGCUGGCGGAGAUCUCUAUGGUCAUGCGGCCGCCGCCGCUGCUGCUGCUGCUGCCGCUGCUGCUGCGGCCGCCUGCUAUGCCCCGCCACCGCCGCCACCCGGUCUAUAUCCACAUCCGCAUCAUCCUUUGGGUGUGACCAGUGUGGCAGUGCCCAUGUCACCGAUGCAAAAGCCACCAUUGCAGCAGCAAUUGCUCCAGCAUCGUUUGCUCCAGCAGAAGCGUCAGCUCUUUCAGAAGCAAUACGCCCUGGAGGCACAGCUGGCCGGGCGACAUCAUCAGCAGCAGCAUCCACAUCCACAUCCCCAUCAGCAGCAGCAGCAUCAGCUCCAUCAGCACCAUCACUUUGGGCAUCCGCAGCCACCGCCUCCGCCACCGCCGGCACCCAAUCCCGAACAGCAUCUGGCCGAGGAGCUGUAUGAGCUGGCCCUCCUAGAGCGACCCAGGAGCGGCACACCGAGGCUGCAGCACUCGAUGACCAUGCCGGGAGCUCAUGCCUUCAGUCAGAUGAAUCUAAAGACCUCCUACAUCAGUCAAUCGGACCAGGGCACUGGUCAGGUGGGAGGAGCUUCAAAUGGUGGUGGGGCACCAGGUGGUGCCGGAACAGUACCGCCGUCCACAGCACCGGGCACGCCCACGGCGGUCAAGUGCAAGCCGGCCACGCCACAUGGGCAUAGCCUGGAGGCUGAAUAUCAUACAUCGACGCCCGUGCUCAGUUUAUUCACACCCAACUGGCAAUCGCUGGUGAAGCCGCUCAGCGAGAGUCCCAUCCUGGAGAUAUCCGAGCAUCUGGAGUCCGUCUAAGUGGGAUGAGGGAAAGAGGGAAAGGGGGGGAUGCUCUAUCCGGGGAGGGAGGCAUCGGACUAAUGGUGACCCUUUGUUGGUCACCUCAAUUUUUUAUUAAGCUCGCAAUCGCAAUUAUGAAUUAUUUGAUCCCAUAUACGAUAUACAAACCAUGCAAACAUAUAUAUAUAUAGAUAUACAUAGCGGAUAUAUAUAUAUAUACAAUAUACACGGAUCCAUCUGGAACUGGAGAACUGGUUAACUGAAGCUAUACGAUGGAAUCAACGUAAUAUUGGAAGAUUUAGUUGUGUUAUUAGCCUUAAGUAGUCCAAAGUUUCGUACGCAUACACGCAGACAUAUACAAUAUGUAUAUUGAUAAUAAUAGCGUUAAGCUAUAGCUCUUACUUAUGAUUACACUAUACACACCCCGGAGAGGAUUACGAGGAUGAGCAGGUGGGAGCAGGUGGAAGUGGAUUAUGAGAACAACGUAACUACAUAUAUCAAUUAUUCGAAGCAUUUAUUGGGGCAUAGAUAGGGUAUAUCCAUAUACGGAUAUAUCUAUUAUGUAUUGGUACAAUAAUUAGCGACAAGCAAACAAAAAAACAAAAAAAAAAAAAACUUAUAAAAACAAAACAUCGAUUGUUCUUAAACAUGGAAUUCAAAAUGUAAACCAGAUAUUAAAGUCAUUU